AUGGCUCAGUUACGGCACUGGUGUAAAGGAGAAGGCCUUAACCCUUCGCAUGCCAUACUACUUAAAGAUGUUCCCGAAGACACAGAGAUUGAAGUCAUAGAAAGGACUCUGCAAUCCAUCAAAGUUCUUGGACGUGUGAAGGUUAGAGGACGUAUGUAUGAUCCUCAGAGCAAGUGUUUGACCGUACUGUGUGAAUGCAGAGAAAAGGUAAAUACUAAAGCCAUUCCUCUGGACAUUUUAGCUGAUGGCAGCAAUUCACCCUGGAGAAUCAUCGGCCACUUAGAGGAGGAUGAUGGUUCAGUUGACCAGCUGGUUGCAGAUGACUGGCAGGCACCUCAAACUGAUUUGGGACGUGCCGCCACACUUCAGGCCUCUACUCCUGAAGCAAUCAUUAGAGCGGUUGGAGACCUUCUGCAAAAUACCUCUAGGCCUGCCAGUGACCAUAGCAGCUAUAGGAGGUUGCGCACCUUCUCAGGGGUUAUUCCCACACCCCCAGGAGAGGAGCAGUUGGAGAACUGGAUACUACAGGCUCGAUUGAUGAUAGAGGAAUAUGAUCGGCCUGACAGAGAGAAGAAAAUCAGGAUAAUGGAAAGUGUAAAGGGUCCCGCAUUGGAGAUUUUACAGGCUGUACGAUUUAAUAACCCUGAAGCAACACCUCAAGAAUACAUUGAUGUGAUUGAGAAUACUUUUGACACACCAGAAACAGGAGAGGAACUCUAUUUCGCCUUCCGUAUGCUAUGCCAACACAGAGGGGAGAAACUUUCUGAGUUUCUGAGAAGGAUGGAGAGAUCUCUGAGCAAGGUGGUCAAAAAGGGAGGUCUGUCUCCCGCUCUCAUAGACAAAGCACGUCUUGAUCAGCUCAUUAAAGGUGCAACGGGAUCUGACCUGAUGCUGUUAAGUUUGCGUUUAAGGGAGCGAAAAGAUAAUCCCCCUACCUUUCUGCAGCUGUUAAAUGAGGUCCGCAUUGAAGAGGAGCAUGAAGCUUCUCGGCGCAGACUCAACCCCAACAAAGCUGUGCAUGUCAAAAGUGCUACUGUACCCACAGGGGCACACGUGGAAAAUCUCAGACUUGAGAUACAAGGUCUGAAAACCCAAGUCAAUGAGCUCACCACUACAGCAGGGGUGCCAGGUGUCCAUUCACCUGGGCAGCAUCCACAGAAAAUGCUGAAGCAGAAAGCUUGGGAGAAGACAAAAACCUCCAAGCUUUAA